AAUUCACAACUUCCCGAGUCAAGUCAAAUCUGUUUCUGUGGUCAAAUCAAUGUUCAAAAUAAAAAUCUAAAUUAAUUUCAACAAUAAAUAGUUGAACCGUUCCACAAAACUUAUUUAUUAAGAAAAAUGUAUUUGUAAAUGUUUAUUUGUUCUUAGUACAUUACGUUUUAAUAAUGUUCUCAUAUCGAAUUUCUUUUCAGAUUCUAUUAUUGCUAUUCAAUUUUGCUUUUAAUAAUGGGUUUUAUGUGCCGGGCGUUGCACCCGUGGAGUUUAAAAAAGGGCAAAAAAUCGAAGUUAAAGCUGUGAAAAUGACCAGUACACAUACACAAUUACCGUAUGAAUAUUAUUCAUUACCAUUAUGUUUGCCAAGAUUUGGGGCGUUCUUAUAUAAAUCCGAAAACUUAGGUGAAGUUUUGAGGGGUGAUCGUAUUGUAAAUACACCCUAUGAAGUUCAUAUGGCAGAAAACAUUAAAUGUAAACUCUUGUGUCAUGAAAAAAAUAAUCCAAUGAAUUGGAGUGUGGAAGAAUCAGAAAAGGUUGCGAGCCGCAUAGAACAUGAAUACUAUGUGCAUUUGUUAGUGGAUAAUUUACCUGUAGCUACUAGGAUUAUAAACCGAGAAACAUCUGAAAGAAUAGUUGAACAAGGAUAUAGACUUGGAUUUAUGUCAAAAGGAAAAGCAUACAUCAAUAACCACUUAAAAUUGCUACUUAAAUACCAUAAGCAUAGUCAAGAUUCAUAUAGAGUAGUGGGCUUUGAAGUUGAGACACAUUCAGUCAGCAAAGAUGAUAUAACAUUUAUCGAUGAUUCUUGUCAAUUUGCACAAGACGCUAAGCCUCAAUUAGUUAAUGAAGAUUCUGGAACCAAGUUGUUCUUUACAUAUUCUGUGGAGUGGGGAGAAUCAGAUAUUCAAUGGGCUUCUAGAUGGGAUAUUUAUUUGGGAAUGAAAGAUGUUCAAAUACAUUGGUUCUCUAUAAUAAAUUCCAUAGUAGUAUUGUUCUUUUUAUCAGGAAUUUUAACAAUGAUAAUGGUCCGCACAUUGAGAAGGGAUAUUGCAAAAUACAACUCUGAUGAAAAUAUUGAAGAUAUGAUUGAAGAAACUGGUUGGAAGCUAGUUCAUGGUGAUGUUUUCAGGCCUCCACCAAAACGAAUGCUUUUCGCUGCUGUGAUCGGAAAUGGGAUCCAAAUAUUUCUAAUGGCCCUUGUAACUAUUUUUAUUGCAAUGCUUGGCAUGCUCUCACCAGCCAGUCGAGGUGCGUUGAUGACUGCAGCUAUAUUCCUCUAUGUUUUUAUGGGUCUCAUUGCUGGCUACUAUUCAGCUCGCUUAUACAAUACCAUGAAGGGAAAACAAUGGAAGCAAGCAGCUUUCCUAACUGCCACCUUAUACCCAGCAAUAGUAUUUGGAAAAUGCUUCUUUUUGAACUUUUUCAUUAUGGGCAAACAUUCAAGUGGAGCUGUGCCAUUUUCAACUAUGAUGGCUCUUUUAUGUCUAUGGUUUUGCAUAUCCCUUCCCCUUGUGUACAUGGGAUAUUAUUUCGGCAUUAGAAAGCAACCAUUCCAACACCCUGUGCGAACAAAUUUCAUACCUAGAAAAGUUCCUGAACAAGUGUGGUAUAUGAAUGUUUUUAUAUGUAUAUUGAUGGCUGGAAUUCUUCCAUUUGGAGCAGUUUUUAUUGAGCUGUUUUUCAUAUUCAGUGCACUCUGGGAAAAUCAGUUUUAUUAUCUGUUUGGGUUCCUGUUUCUGGUGUUUUGUAUAUUAGUUGUGUCUGUAUCACAAAUAUCCAUCGUCAUGGUUUACUUCCAGUUAUGUGGAGAGGAUUAUCACUGGUGGUGGAAGAGUUUCAUAGUAUCGGGAGGUUCUUCUGUAUACAUUUUAAUAUACUCUGUAUUUUACUUUUUCAAAAAAUUGGAAAUAACAGAGUUUAUACCAACUCUUCUUUAUGUAGGUUAUACAGGUCUCAUGGUUUUAACAUUUUGGUUGCUGACGGGAACUAUAGGAUUUUUUGCGGCAUACACAUUUAUUAGGAAAAUUUAUGGAGCUGUCAAAAUAGACUAAAUUUGUUUCUGUAUGAGAGCUGUGGCCUGUGAAAAGCAAAGAGGAAAUUACGUAUUUUUGCGUAUACAAAUAUGUUGUGUGUGAAAUGCGUUUUUGGAGGAUGCACAUGAUAUUUAGUUUUAAAAAUUUGUAAAUAAUUUAAUAUCACGAGAUGAAUAAUAGUUAUAAGUAUUGGUAUAAAA